AUGACCAACUCUAAUUCUUCAACAAAUCACGUGGUCACAGCAACGGUGAAUUCACGAUUGAAUGGAUACGCCAGGACACUCAACUUUUUAACCGUUCCAAAAAUUGGCAAUUUAUUUCCCAUGCAGCUAAUCAAUCGGAACAAUCUCAACAUUCCGAAACAUUUGCAGUUGGCAGAUCCAGCCUUCGAUCAACCCGCACCUGUUGACAUCCUCUUAAGUGUUGGUACGACACUGGCCUCCAUUUGUCAAGGUCAGAUUCAACUGAAUGACCCCGGUGAUCCAGACAUGAUUCUUCAAGAGACCCGUUUUGGUUGGAUCAUUGGAGGAAGCGCGCUGUCAAUGAAACCACCCUCCAGAAAACACCCAGUCCAAUCUUACACUAUUUCUGUUGAGACUGAAUUAAAAAAUUUCUGGACAAUGGAUGACAUCAACACCUCAAUGCAUUUAUCGAAGGAAGAACAAGCCUGUGAAGAUCAUUUUAAAAAGCACACCACUCGUGAUGCAAUGGGGAGAUAUGUAGUCGCUCUACCAUUUAAUGGAAAAGAAACUCAAUUGAGAAAUUCUCGUGAAAUUGCAAAGAAACGUUUUAAAUCUUUGACAAAGAAAUUUCAACGCAACCCAGAGUUGGAGAAACAAUACUCUGCAGGCAUGCAAGAAUACACCGACCUGGGCCACAUGUCAGAAGCACCAAAGAAUACCCAAGAAGAGAAAGGUUUCUACCUGCCUCAUGACGCCGUCAUGAAGGAAACGAGCCUCACUACAAAGAUACGAGUCGUAUUCGAUGGAUCAGCCAAAGGGGAGAAUUUUUUAUCCCUCAAUGACACACUCAUGGUUGGGCCCACAAUACAAGAAGACAUUUUUUCUCUGCUCACUCGCUUUCGCACGCAUCAGUAUGUAAUCACCGCUGAUAUUGAGAAAAUGUAUCGGCAAUUCUGGAUUCGUGAAGAGGAUCGACCGUACAAACUGAUUUGGUGGAAGGAUAAAGAUGGAAAUGAGAAAGUUUUUCAUUUAAAUACAGUCACCUUUGGUCUUUCCGCAGCUCCAUACUUAGCCAUCCGUUGUGUUCAUCAAUUGGCCGAUGAUGAAAGUCACGAAUUUCCACACGCUUCGAAAAUUCUCAAACGCGAUUCAUACGUUGAUGAUUUACUCUCAGGGGCUGACACUUUCGAGGAGGCACUGCAGCUGCGAGAUGACAUCACCGCCUUACUCCAGAAGGGACAAUUAAAUUUACGACAAUGGGCGUCAAAUGAUCUACGUCUUCUACAGGGUUUACCAGAAGAGAGCGUAAAUUUAAAAUUGAAUAUGUCCCAAGACUCAACCAUCAAAACAUUGGGCCUUCACUGGGAUUCAUCGCGUGAUGCCAUUGUCUAUACCAUCAAACCAAUUCCACUCACUGGAAAAAUCACGAAACGAACGAUGCUAGCAGAAGUUUCUAAAAUUUUCGAUCCUCUUGGAUUCCUUGGUCCUGUUAUCGUCAAGGGGAGGAUGAUUUUGCAUCGUUUGUGGAUUGAAAAAUUGGGUUGGGACGACGCCAUUCCUCUCAGCAUUCUCACGGAGUGGAGAAAUUACGCCAAUCAACUGACUGAAUUAAAUGAUUUAGCCUUCGAUCGGAAAGUGAUCAUUUCUGAAGCUAGGGAAAUUCAAAUGCAUGGAUUUUGCGACGCUAGCCAGAAGGGGUAUGGAGCGUGCAUUUAUUUACGCUCAACUGAUGUUCAUGGAACCACGCUAACACAACUCCUCUGCGCCAAGUAUCGCGUCGCGCCCAUCAGUCCCCCUACGCUACCAUGA